UAAACUAAAACUGUACUGUAGAAUCCCCAGUAUAACAUUACCAAAGCUAUAUGUUUGCUUCACGGUAAGGCUAGAAACGCCGUUUAUGCCAGUGUUAUGUCAGUGUAAUUUCGUUUACACUUAGCAAUCAUUAAUUUAUCUCUGGAAAGAGGAAAGACAGACUCAGCCAGGAGAAGUGAACCGCAGGCGCAGACUAGCUUCAACAAACUGCCUCACCACCACAGUUUGGUGUAGACUUUCAAGAUGGAUGCUGUCGCCUCGAUAGGUUUCUGUUUCUUUUUCGUAACGGACUCUACAUGCGACAUAACCGCUGCAUGAAGAGCCAUUGUCGUUCAUAAUGAAACGGAUUUACUGCCUGUGAAACGACAAAAAGUGGAUUUAAUCGGAUAUUUCUGCCUCUACGUGUCCGGACUGUCGCUUAUUUGUGUAACUUCCUGGUUGUCGCAUUAAUAUGUCUGUUGAAACUGCGGCGAAAGCUCAAGUUACUUUAAAAGGUUUUCUGGAUUCCAAAUACACGGGACAUUAUGAUUCUGCUGUGAUGAUUUCAACGACACACCACUGUUUUCAACGAAGGGAAAGGAGAGAAAGACAGAUUUCAUAAGUCCUCAGCAAUGGAAAGUGGCAAUGGUGGUGCCUCGAGUAAAGGUGUUUUAGUGCCUGUCUCAGAAAGUUCGGUCGUCUUUCAAAACAAUAUCUUGGCACCACUUAAAAGUGCGUACUUGUAUGAGGAGUCGAAGCAGUCCUUCAGAUACAAGUCCGCUGUCUUGGUUCAGAAUCGAGCACUGGAGGAAAAGUAUUAUGCUUUCCGAACAAAGAGAAAAGAAGCAGGAUAUUCAGAGGAGGAACUAGAGGAAUGUUAUGGAUUUCUGCUGUUUGAUGAUGUCAACAAGGCUAAUGCACUCGGAGAAACCGGUGUGCUCACUGGGAACAGCACAUGCACAACUCUGGGAGAUCCUUCGAACGGUGUUUACAUAUCAAUGUACUCUGACUGUCUGGAUCUGAAUCGCUGGUAUCAUGGGAAAUCUGGUUACAUUGCCAUCAUCAGGCUGACAAAGGGUAAAGUUAAAAAGGUUUUGGAGAACUACACCCAGAAUUUCACUGCACCCACUGUGGGGUUUGACUGUCAUGUGUCAGAACAGCUGCCUUCAGUAUCUGCCAAAACCAGCUCCUUUCUUGCCUUUGAGAGAACCCAGUAUUACAUGUAUGAGCUGCUAGAUGAUGGAAGCAAUGCAACAACCCAGUCUCCCAACGCUGCCUAUCCUUUUGCCAUUGUGUCAUUUUCAUAUACGGAUACCAAAGCGACACUUUCAGCGCCACAGGAGAAAAGUGACGAUAAAAAGCUUGUCCGUCAUUACUUUCCGUGGAAAGGUCAGCUCCAAAUAGGCAUCCAGUGCUACAAUGUUGGGGUGAGGUCGACAUCAGGGGCCUUGAUCCCUGCAGAACUGCCACCAGUGGUGAAAAUUGACCGAGUUAUUUCCAUGCGAGAUCUGCGACAGUUAUUGCCAAGGACUGUCUUUGAAACCUGCAUCUCUGGUGAAGUCUUUCUGGAUGGCUUAUUCUGCAGUCUGUGUGAGUUGGUUUCCUCUGAAGUGGAAGAAACCAACUCACUCUCUCUGCUUCUGCAGGAGAUCAAGGAGAAAGAGAUUGCUCUCACUAUUCAGCUGAAUGAUGGUGGUUUUCUUAUUCUGUUGCACUCCUCCCAUUUCCUCACAUAUGAUGAUACUGGGUCAAAUACAAGUGAUGUCCUGCAGGGCAUAUUUGUGUUUCCAGUCUCACAAGUCAUUCAGAGAAACACAAAAUCUGGACAAAGAAAACCCGCCAUGUCAACUGAAGUCCUGCGGGUUCUACCAAUACUGAGUUAUGCAGAGGGCGAAGUUGAGAAAACACCCAUUGACCCAGGCGAAGAACUGCGUGAAGUCUUAGUGCAGCAUAUGCAACGUUACGCAGCACUGAUAAAUCCUGGGUUGGAAUUAAGUCCCUCUAAGGAAGUCAGCAUCUUUCCAGAUCAGUAUGAUGUGCCGGAUGCCCACAAGCACCUCUACUCAUCCCCGGAGUGGACUAACAGGGCGUGGCAGAGUGUCCGGUCAUAUCUGAGCAAACCUGUCUCUUAUCAACUGCCAGUCUGCAAGGCUUCAGAAAUCCUGGCGGCUGGACAAGAGGAGCGAAUGGAAGACCUUGAUGAUGAUGUCUACAUCUGUCUUUCAUCUCCUGAGGAGGCACCAUCUGAUUCUGUUAAUAUGGAGACAGAGGACCAGUCAACAGGCCAGAUAUCACCUGUAAAGGUUGAAACUUCUGUGGACAAUUGUAUAACAAGUGCUGAAGCACAAGUUGGCUUAACAGCUUUGCCUCAAAAUGUUGUACCAGAUGAAUUGCAAGCUCGAGAUGUGACCAAAGACACUGACAUUUCUGAUCUGACUAUUCUGAUCAAACACGAUGACAUUGGGGCCAAAAAUCUCUUGACUCCCUCUACAUCAGAUGAACUUCCUGCUGAGCUGAUUGUCAGCAUCACUUCAGCAGAGCGAACUGUCACAGAUGCGAGCUUAAGUAUAAUCAGUACUGUGUCUGCAACAAAGGAUAAUGAAAUUCAGCUUUCUGGGUUUUCAACAGCAAAAUUACAAACGUCAGGAGUGAACUCUUUGAAUGAUGAGACUGUUACAGCCCAAAAAGUUCUGGAUUGCCCUGAGGUCACUCAUCUCACAAAAAGAAAACGGAGGAAGCUACGGAGGGGAUAUUGUAAAGUCCGGAAAAAGGUAGCUAAACCUUGUGUUGAAACUCCCAGUGUACAAAUACCAGUGGAUGAUGAAAACAAGAGUCCAAAGGAAGAGGAAUCAUCAGGCCUCCCACAGUUGACUAAUCCCACAAAUAUUGAUCAGAGGAAAGGAAAAGGGAGAAGGCGCAAUUUUAGAAAACCAUCCUCAAAAAAUGAAAUGGUGGGAUCUGUUUCUGUUGGAUUAGCAGUACCAGAGGAGAACAAAUCAGACCCUGUUCAGCAGACAUUGGAAAGCACCAUUUUAAUGGAACUUGAAGCUUAUCCUCAGAGAAAGAAAACGGAGCGCUGGGACUUAAAGCCAGUCAUCAGUGAAUGUGGAAGAAUCUUAGUUCCCCAUGGCUCCGCAGAUAUUGCUGAUCAGAUCAAGUCUUUAAAGAAUAAGUAUCGGUCUACAAAGGAUGAGCAGUGCCCUGAAAGCAUACUGGUUGAUGCUUCUGUGAAUGUGCAUGAUACAGUCGAAAUGGAGAAAGACUCUAGCACAGCUCCAGAGACCGCAGCAGAUGAAACGGUUGCCACAACAUCCAAGGCUGGAGAGAACCAUCUUCAAAACAUUGUUGUCAGUGAAGUGAAUCCUGAAUGUAGUGUUUUGAAACCCUCAGAUGAUGACAAUGGUUCAUUGACUUCGAAGCAAGAGAGUAAUGUGCAUUUUUCAAAGACUGAUGGCACAGCAGCUCCUCCAUCAGAAGCAGUUAAAGAAAAGCCCACUAAUACCCUCUCCCCGGGAAAGAUUGCUACAAAGGGUGAAUUUCUGUUGAGUAAAUUAAGAACAGUUCUCCUCAGAGGAAAGAGAAAAGCAGAUCUCCAUGUGUCAGAGGAAAAGACUGCAGACACUGCACAGGACACUGAGCCCUGCCUUAAGAAGGGGCGAGUUGACUCAGGCACUGGGAUGCUGAAGUGUAAUUAUUCAAUUACAAGUGUCCAGGACCCCAGUGCGCAUGUCAAGGAAGUUUCAAAGUUGCUGUCAGUUGACCCUCUUUUUGCAUAUGCACUAGGCCUGACCCCUAAGGAGACACCAAAUAAAGUUCAGAAAACUGAGGGUCAGGGUGCUCAACAAAAGACAGACUCAUCAGAAACUAAAGAACAAACCAUCUUAGACAAACAACCAACCACAAUCCUACACAGGCCUCCAUCAAUCUUUCCAAGAAGGGGAAGGAUUAAAAUGCUCAAAAAGCAUCAAGGCAUCUCCACAGAGUAUGUUAAAAAGAAAUGGUGGUUGCAUUUUCAAACCCCAGCUUGUUUUGCAACUGAAAAACUCAAAUACAAAGAGUGUACUACUAGGGAUAAUUCUGUCAGGAAGACUGAAAAAAUGAACAGUGCUUGCUCAUCUACAGAUGCUUUGAACUUACUUGCUGACUUGGCACUCAGUGCCAGUAAUGACCAGGUUUCGCCGCAACCAGACGCAGCACUUGAGAGAGAACCUGAGACAAGUUUGAAGAAGUGUGACCUUUCAAAAGAUGUUACCAGUGCUGAACAAGAGUCAGUUCUUCAUGCUCUGCUUAGACAGCCUGCUGCUAGAACCAUGCAGCCUCUUGAGUCUUCUUCACCAAGCCAUCUUGUGGGAGGCAGUGAAUUGGUUGGUUUGGUAUCUAAAGAACAUGCUUACUCAUUGCCCCCGUCUUCCUCUCUACUGUUGGGUUUACCAGGUACACCCUUCCAGGUAUCCCCUUUAAGUGGUUCUACCAGACUGCUGCACCAUCACAACACAAUGUAUGGCGAUGGAAAUCAAACACUACACCCCGCUGUUGGCCUGGAAGACAGAAGAGAACAAAACCACAGGACUCCAGAAUACCUGAAAAAACACAUGGUGCGCAGAAGAAAGUUCAGACACUCCCGGACCUUUGUGGACAAGGACGGAUCUAUCCAAGUCACAAAGCAAUGGAAAGAAAACUAUGACUUUAAUCUAGACAGCAGGUUUUCAAGUGACUUAAAGGAUAGAGCUGUCGUCCGAGCCUUGCAUGGACCAUGGGAUUUCUCCAUGCAAGACACCAGUGAAGAGGUCCGGCUCAUCGUCCACAUGUGGAUAGGUCUGUUCUACAGCCGGUCAACAGCCAGGUUCUUUCAUGUUGACUCAUACCUGUGUUCAGAAAAGAGGGAUUCUUUGGAAAUUUCCAGUGGAAUGGUAUCCCUGGCUCAGUCUGAGGGCCGGUCAGUCAAGGCCAGUUCAUUUGCUGCUUACCCGAGUGUAACAGACACUUCAGACUCUUCCAUUUUGAUAGCCUUGGACCUCAGCAAAAAAGAAGAGUCAGUGUUGGACCAAGGACCUGUGAUUUUGGACUUGUCACUGAAAAAGUCCAAUUCAGAGAUUGCCACUUCAGAUCCACAAUUCAGCAGAAAAGAGACUUCCGUGUCCGGUGAUCAGAAAGAAGCAAGUGAAACAUUGAAAACCCCAAAGUCCUCUGUGAGACUUCAGGAGUCAAGCAACAUUCAGUGUUAUGAAAACAUGGUACAAUCCACAGAGAUUCUCAAUGAGGUGAAUGAUGGCAGAAGCACCUUUGAAAAUAAGAUUGCUUGUGCCUCUUUGCAAAAUGCUGAGAGCCUGGAGCACACUGAUGUAUCAUCUUCUAAAGGUGAUCGAACAACAAUUGUUGGCCAAGAAGAGAUGGAAAGUGUAUGUAUUCCACCAGAAAAAUAUUCAGCUUCUUCAGGAAUUGGCCAUGUGUUAACUGGAUGCAACAAUGGGAAGACGGAUAUGAAAGAUGGCAUUGAAAAUUUGAAGGCUACAGAGGUGAGUUUAUCAUCAUCUGUGACAGACAAAGAGGUAUACGGCAACAAAGAAGCAGAUGAUGUCGUCCGUACAGUGGAGAAGGAUGAAACUAAAUCCAAAGAUGGGAAAAAUUGGAUUGUGAAAGUAAAGUCAUACAAAGAAGGCAAUGUAGUAACUUCUCCAGAAGUAAUCUGUACAGAUGAUGACUCAACAAAGAAAGUGUCAGUUGUAGUCUGCAAUGGAAGUCUUUUAGAAAAUGAGAAACCGUCAUCUGAAGAGGACUCUAAAGCAAUCUCAACAGGCAAGGCUGAAAAUGUAAAUGAAGAUGUGGAUAGUUGUACAGUACACAACGGUAAAGUGACUGAAAAUAAACAUCACUUUGGAAAAGAAGAUCGACUUGAUGAUAAAGGUGGUUGCAUUUCAGAUGUGGAAGCUCACAGGGAUUCCAGUGAUCAGCCAGUAUACUUGCUGUGUGAAGUAGACCGACUUGAUGAGAAAGAUGACUACGUUUCAGGUGUGGAAGCUGAAAGAGAUUUGAGUGAUCAGCCAGUACCUAUGCUGUGUGAAGAUGAUCGAUUUGAUGAGAAAGGCGUCUGCAUUUCAGGUGUGGAAGCUGACAGUGAUUCCAGUGAUCAGCCAAUACCUAUGUUGUGUGAAGUAGACCGACUUGAUGAGAAAGACGAUUGCAUUUCUGGUGUGGAAGCUGACAGAGAUUUGAGUAAUCAGCCAGUACCUAUGCUUUGUGAAGAUGAUCGACUUGAUGAGAAAGACAGUUGCAUUUCAGCUGUGGAAGCUGACAGGGAUUCGAGUGAUCAGCCAGUACCUAUGCUGUGUGAUGACCAAGACCUCGAAAAGAAGGAUUGCAUCACAGAGAGCAAUCACAAACCUGCAUUGGAUGAGCAGCCACCUCAUGCUGACAGCAAACAAGAUGCUUGCCAUGAUUUGCAGUUGAGAAAGCUGUGUACAAAUGGCAAUGGGUUGACAGAUGAAAAUGCGAUUUUUGAAAAAUCUCACACUUCAUCAGAAAUGGAGCUUAUUUUUAGAAAGCCUACAGUUGAAGAAUAUUCAGAAAAUGGAAUUUGUCUGGCAGAUAAGGCACAUGAUCAGAAGUUGGUGUCACCCAAAUCUGAUGGGAAGAACUGUUCAUUAGAUGGGUCUUAUGCAGAUGGGACUAUUUCCCAGACAAGUGACAGUGUUGAAAUAGAAAGCAAAAACAAAGUAAUGGUAAACUUCAAUGAAGGUAGUGGAAUUCAUGAAGAUGGGGAUGCUCAAUCAAUUGGGGGAGAGCACAAGGAUGACACCACAACUGAAAAAGAACUGUUUCAUCAUCCGUCUCAUUUACCUGAAGCUGAAUUGGCAUUGACUAAAGAAACAGAUCUCAAACAGAUCGACAAAACAAAUGAGGCAUUGGAAAAGAUCUAUAGUGGGGUUGUAAUUCCAUUUAUUGGAAUAGACACCUCCGGAGAGGAUUCAGUCCAACCACAAGACUCACAGUCACAAGUCAAGGUUCAAGAAGUUAGCCUGGACGUUAUACCAUUUAUCAAUGACACGACCUACCCUGAAACUGUCCUACCCACAGGGGUAUGCACUACAUCUCACAUGUACAGUAAAAAAACAGAACUGUCUGUGGGCAAAAUAUCCCUUUCACUUGUAAGUGAAAUUAACCAGCCAGUGCUCUCUGGAAGUGAGUCUGAUGACCGGUGCCCUACCCCAACUAUGGAUGAGAAACCAUAUGAGUACUUAGCUUCCUCUGAACCUAGUAGUACUAGUGCUUCUGCCUAUAGUGGUAGUGAAACCUCUAAAAAUGUGAGUGACAAAUGUCUUGGCAAAGGCUUAGAGAUGCCUCAGAAGUCUGAUCUUGAAAUAAGGACUUUAAGAGUUCUACAAAGUAUAGACAAGUUCCUCUCCAAAUCAAGCCUCACUGGCAAACCCACCCAGAUUGAAAAGGCUGAUAUCAAACGUCUCGAUCAAACCCCUAACCCCAGCAGAAAGUCCCUCACCACUCACUUAGCCCCAAGCCACACCUCAGCUGACUUUAAAGACAAAAAAAUAAGCAAUACAACGCUAGCAAUGGUGUUAGCCUCUACCUCACAAGAACUGCACAGAGAAUCAACAGGUCCCUCUCAUGUGUUGUCACCUUGCAAAAGUAAAUUAGAUAAAUUACAGGAAACCUCAGUAGGGCAAGAUUAUUGUCAUCCCCACAGAUCUGUUCCCUGUAGUGAGAGUUUGCUAGCCAUUAAACCAAAAACUGACCAAGAUAGACAUAAAACAACAUCACAGACCAAUUUAAGUCAUGAUCCACGUUCAUAUAGUCAGCGUCCCAUCAUGGCAGUGAAACCAUCCAAGAGUGAUGAAAAUGAAGCAGAAGGCAUCUCUAAGGACAGACAAAUAGAAAAUGCUGCAAUGCUGUAUUUUUCCAAAAAUAAACAGACUAAAACCCCCAAAGUCACUUACACCACACCCACUACCCCGCUCUUGGAGAAAAGGACAGAGAGUUUUAAGAGAACCUCUGAAGGACUAACUAAUGAAAAAGAGUCCAGUGAGCUUACUUCAAAGAGCAGUUGGUUAUCAAAUCUUAGUGACACUAAAUCAGACAAGGCUAAAUUUGGACAGGUAGAUCACUUAUAUCAGCACCAAGGAAGGGACGAUUCAAAAUUCAACAUGCUUCCUUCAUCAUCUCUGCCCAUGCAGUCUUUUGAAUCUGCAAAAGGUUCCUCUAAACUUGUUGAUGGAAACCAAGGUUAUAUGAAAUAUUGUUUGGUUGAGAAAGUUGGGAACACAACUAAACAGAGCAUUGAGGUGGAUCAGGAAGACCACUCAGAGGCUUCAAUCUCACGUGCAGAUUACAGAGAUGGUGGCAUAAUAGACGAAAGUCUUUUCCUGGGACCUGAUAGCUCACUCAUGUGUACGGUCUAUAACACCAGCCAGAAAAGAAGUUGUUCGUUUUUGGAGCAGGUUUCGCAGAGGUGCCUACAAGAUGACCUUACUGAGGCAUCAAUGGAACAGGAGUGCCUUAUCUUCUCAGAACAAAUGAAACAGCUUUUGAAAAGGACUAAGAGGGGAUCCGUCUGUCAACAGGACACGCAUGACACACAGAAUAUGUCUUGCUCUAGUCCUGUGUCUGUGCACUUCUGCAGUCUUGAGGAAGAGGAGGAUUCAGUUGAUCACUUGAAUGCACAUUUGGACCUAAUCUCAAUUGUUGGACAAAAAAUAAAGGUUGACAUGUCUGAAAGGAAAGACCUGUCAGACACCAAAGAAGAAGAAAAGACUUUGCAACCUCAAAAAUUGUCUCAAGGAACAGGGAACCCAAUGGAACAUGCUGGAAUUUCUGGUGUGACUUCGGAGUCUGCCAGUCUGUAUGAGGCCAUGAUGAGUAAUGUUUGUGCUGUCAAAAAGGUCCCGUCCAGACCUAAACACCUCAGGAUGGAUAGAUGUAACCCAAAGAUGGAACCAAGUAAACAUUUUGACUUCUGUGAUCAAAUGAAGAAAGAGAUGGAUGAAAGUUUUCGCAGUAAUCUGAAUUCAGUCGUGAAGAAAUCCUGUAAAACAAAAUACAGAUUCUACAUACUAGUGACGUCAGAUGAUGCCUUCUUUGAGGAAACCAAGAUACAGUUAGAGGCAGAGGGCCACACUGCUGUACAGCCAUCAGCCUUUUUCCUUGAUGAGGAUACUUCUUCAUCUCUACUCAUCAUCCUCAGGAAUGAAGACAUUGCGGAGCACAUUUGUGAGGUCCAGCAUCUGCUCAAGCUGAAAAAUUCACCACAUGUGCAGUUUGUUGGGAUUGACGAACCAGACGAUGUUGUGAACCUCACGCAUCAGGAGCUCUUCACGAGGGGUGGCUUCAUAGUGUUUGACAGAGCAGCACUGGAGCCUCUCAGUCUUUGUAACAUGAAAAAAAUGAAAGAAAUCUUGCAAGAGCUAAGCCGAACGGGGAAGUGGAAAUGGAUGUUGCACUACAGGGACAGUCGGCGGCUGAAAGAAAAUGCGAGGUUAAGUCCAGAAGCAAAAGAGAAGAAGCACUUCCUAAACUUGUGCCAAGAAGAUGGAAUAUUGGAGGUCUUGCCUUACCAUGAGUGUGACCUCAUGUCAAGAGAGCAGCCCGACUAUCUCACUUGUUUGGUCCGUUUGCAGGUCCAGAAUAUAUCAGCCCGUUACCCUGUAUUUAUAACCGAUACGACGGCAGACAGCGCAUUUGAAAAGAACGGCAUUUUAACAAUGACUUUCGACUCUUUCCUGACGUAUUCUCAAAGCGAAGCAUUUACUGCCUGAAUUGCUGAACUGGAGAAAGUCAGCUGGACACACUAAAGUUGUGCUAAUUCAAGAACACAACAAUAAAAAAAACUCAUUGGAACUGAGGAGGAACCAGAGAUUUACCAUUUUAUGGUAAAUUCAAACUAACUACAUUCAAUAUUUUCUUGGAAGUUCAAUAUUAAGUCUGUUCAGCUCUUUGUAUCGAGCAAUACCUUGAUUUAUGAUUUGACUAGGAUUUUUGUUUUUUUGUCAACUAAGUUAUCAUUCAGUUAAUGGAUCUCGUGGCAAUAAUACCAAUAUGCAGGCAGGUUUUCUGUAUAUACUGUAUACUGUUGUUAUGUAUUGUCAUUGUAAAUUGCCUUUUUUAGUGUAUAUUUUGUUGUCUUUACAAUCUUAAGUUUAUACAUUGCAGCACAAUCAUUGUUAGUGUUUGUUUCUGGUUAAAAAUUGACAUUGCAACAAAGCUAAGUUAGGCUGUUUUCAAACGGUGUAUGUUUUAUAUAUUUAAGUAAACUACCACACAUCAUUAAGGUUGCUGACAAUUAUUCUUAACUAUUGAGUUGAAUAGUUGGAGCAAAACAAUUUAACAUGAUCACUUAGCACUUAAUGGAUUUAUAUUUCAUGACUGUACAGAGAAACUUGACUGAGAAUAAAGAUGGUUCUUUAA